AUGAGGAAAGCUCCGUACGACAAAAAUGCUCCAAGGAGACCUCUUUCAGCAUUUAUGUUGUUCAUGAAAAAGCGCAGACAAGAAUCAGAAUAUAUUGCUUCACAGUCAUUUUCAGACAGAAAUCGUAUUAUUUCUACUGAAUGGGCUGCUCUAUCUGCUGAAGAGAAACAAGUGUAUACUGACCAAGCUGCUGAAGGUCGUGAGUCAUACAAAAAAUUGUUUGCUGAAUACAAAACUACUGAUAAUUACAAGAAAUGGUUAGCUUCCAAUGAAACGGUCAAUGCUAAUGGGUCCAAAGCUGGAUGUAAACGACCAGUAAAACAAAUAUCACAUACUAAAAACAAUGAUAUAGAAGCGGAUUGCAAAAUUUCAAUAUUUACUCAUGAAUUUCUGGAAUACAACAGACUUCGUGAAGUUAUCUUGCGUCAAUUGAAGAAGCACGUAUCACAACUUGAAGAAGAAACCGCUCUAUUAAGUAAACAUGUGGAAAAUCUUGUUAAUGCUGAAAAUCGGACAAAAAAUCAAAUUAAUACAACGAAAGAAUUAUUAACUAAUGAAGAAAAUUUAUUGAAACAACUAUGUAAAGAGUUAACAAUUGCUUUAAGCGAUGUUACUUUACCAAAUAAUAAUACAUCAGAUAUCAAUUUAAAAGGAGUUGAACGUAUUACAGAAACUAGUGUUGAAUCGUUUCUUUCAAGAUUAGAAUCUUUAAAAAAUUCUUCAUCUUAUUUAGAAUUAUCCUCAAAAAUUAUACAAUCGAUUCGUUCAGCUUGUCAAAAGAAAAUCAUUAAGUUGUUAACUUAUGAAAUAAAUUAA